AUGCCUGCUGAUGUGAAAGAGGAGCAAAACUCGGAGGGGCCGCAACCACUUCCCCUUGCCCGGGAGGGAAAGGAGUCAGCUUUGGAUAACUCCUCUACAAAUGAAGAACUGGACACACCAACCUCUAACAUCUCCAUGAUGACCUCCACCAAUGACAGUUACAUGGAAACGGACACCCCACAGCAGACGGACACAGAGGACUCUAAAACUGUGGAACAGGAAGUUGAGCCGACUGAGAGUCAAGACACCUCAAUGCCACAGCUUCACCUCGAGACGCCGGAUACACCUGAUGCACCUGAUGUACCUCAUACACCCGUACCAGUUGUUCAAGAUAACCUUCCAGAGUACUCAACUCCUGCAACAAACAGUCCACUCGCUGAGUUUGUGAUCUCUACCGCCCCCACCAGCAGCGCUGCUGUCACACUCUCUCGGUCUGGUGAGCCCCAGUCUGCCAACACACAGGGCCAAAACAGCCUCUUCAAUCUGCCCGACAGUCUUAAAGGCCUUGGAGGGGACAUAUGUUUGGGGUAUGGAAGUCUGUCUCGAGGUGCCAUGCAAGGCUACUGGCCCUCCCGAGCCUUCCAGCAAGGGGCGCAUUACACCUUACCCUUUCUCAGGGACAGCUAUGGUCCCACAGGCCUCAGCAGCCAGCCAGAGGGUGAAGGAAUUGGGGAUCAGGGAGAAGACAUCCAGGAUAUGAAGACCGACCGCUCAGCUGCAAGCUACCCAAUGUUGGGGGGCAUCCACCCGUUUCUGCCUAUCGCCACCAUGGAGCUCCUCCGAGAGCCUUCCAGAGUCAGAGGUGGCUAUGAAGAUGCGAUCAUGCCCCAGCUGGAUGGGACCCUGAACCCUUUCUUCCAGACCAUGUCCCGCGCCCAGACCCUACAGUUGCCCCACAAACGUAACAGCCUGGUCACCCUGGACAGCAUGCGCAGAGACCCUCGUUGGAGAGACCCCAAUCUGCAUGAGGUGAUCUCUAUGCUCAGCCACCCAAUGGACCCCGUCAAAUCUAAUGCUGCUGCAUAUUUGCAGCACCUCUGUUAUGAGAACGACCGCAUCAAGCAGGAUGUACGGCAGCUGAAGGGGGUCCCCAUAUUGGUGGAGUUACUGGACCAUCCCAAACCUGAAGUGCACCGCAAGGCCUGCGGUGCCUUGCGCAACAUAUCCUACGGUAAAGAUCACAACAACAAAGUGGCCAUCAGGAAUUGCGAUGGCAUUCCCGCCUUAGUCAGACUGCUGAGGAAGUCCAGCAGCAUGGAAGUCAAAGAGCUAGUUACAGGGACCCUGUGGAACCUCUCGUCAUAUGAGCCACUGAAAAUGACAGUAAUCAACCAUGGGCUGCAGACGCUUACAGAUGAAGUCAUCAUACCUCAUUCAGGCUGGAGGAGGGAGCCUCCUGAUAACCCUGCAGCGCACGAUGCUGAGUGGACCAUUGUCUUUAAGAACACCUCUGGCUGUCUGAGGAAUGUCAGUUCAGAUGGGGCAGAAGCUCGGCAGAGGCUGAGGGAAUGCGAGGGAUUGGUGGAUGCUCUCCUUCAUGCCCUUCAUUCUGCUGUUGUUAACAAAGAGAUGGACAACAAGUCUGUGGAGAACUGUGUCUGCAUUCUGCGAAACCUCUCAUAUCACGUUCACAAGGAGGUCCCAGGAGCAGAGCGAUUUCAGGAGCCCCAUGCCUACCAUUUGUCCAGGCCGGGGGGCCAUCAGAAGAAGAGGAAUGAGGUAGACUGUUCUGGAGGAAAAAGAGUCAAAGAGGAAUGGUUCAGUCCAGGCUGGAAAAAUGGAUUUAUGGACAGGAAAUAUGGCACACUAGAUUUACCAAAACGUGCCGAACCAAUGAAAGGGCUGGAGCUGUUGUAUCAGCCAGAGGUGGUGAGGCUUUACCUCGCUCUUCUCACUCGCAGUCAGAACCACAACACCCUGGAGGCUGCAGCAGGGGCUUUACAGAACCUCGCCGCAGGACAGUGGGCUUGGUCCAGCUACAUCCGGGUCACAGUGAGAAAGGAGAAAGGACUCCCUAUUUUGGUGGAGCUGUUGCGUUCAGAUACUGAUAAAGUAGUGCGAGCUGUGGCUAUUGCUCUUCGCAACCUGGCCAUUGAUCGGCGGAACAAAGAUUUGAUAGGGAGCUACGCCAUGAGGGACCUUGUCAGUAAUCUGCCAUGUGGCCAACAGCACCCAGCAAAAAAUCUAGAGGGUGAUACAGUUGUGUCCAUUUUGAACACGAUUCAUGAGAUCAUCAUCGACAGCCCAGAGAACGCCCGUGCUCUCAUACAGGGUCACACUGUACAAAAAUUGGUCGCCAUCAACAAGACAAGCCAGUCUACACGCGAGAACAAGGCCGCCUCUCAUGUGCUUCAGACAAUAUGGUCCUACAAGGACCUGAGAACCAGUCUUAACAAAGCUGGCUGGAACAAAAGCCACUUCAAGACAACAACAAGUACAGCGUCAUCUAAAAAAUCCAAGACUGGAAAGCAAGGCAAUGAUGACAUCACGUUGCCUCUCAUGGAGAAAAACCAAGAUGGGUACUCAACCUUGGAGCAGGGUGAGAGAGCAGUAGACGGUAAAAGACCCAUAAUGGAGAGAGACCCUCUCCAGACUAUUGCUGAGAGAAAACACUUCAUCAGAGCUGGAAGACCUGCUGUGGGCUUGGUGGACAGCAAACCGCCACCACUAGACUCCUGGGUCUGA